ACGUCACAAUAAUACAUCCCAUUUUCCUUCCACUGUCUGGCAAGUCCACUUGCACUAUGUAAAUGAAAUGUGCACUGCCCGGCUUUAGUUGUCUCUCUGCAUGCCAUGUGUCUACUAGAUCAAGCUUGAAAGAAAUUGCAAGACAAGUUCUGCCCUUGAUGCAAGUCCUCAUCAUAAUUAUCCUCUGCACACCCCACCAGUAGUAAAUACACAACAACCAUGGUGGUAUGGAUUUAUCCUCUUCUGCUAUUUGCAACUGGAUUGUUUUUGCUGAUGGGAAUUGCAACUGGAGAGAACCCAAUGUGCCCGGAUGACUACCUGUAUACUCAGCAACCCCCUGCAGAUUCAGUAUGCAGUCCCUAUAACAGACGUUUGUUGCAACUGGACUGUGAAAUUGUCGGAGAAGAUGUGAUUGAAAUAAGAUGGUACUUUUCUUCCUCUAACUCACAAACAAAUGCGACACUUCUAAUGAACUCUACAAAAUACACACUCACACCUCAUAGAAAUAAUGGCAAUACUGGUGUACAAUUGACUGUUCGUGACUUGAAUGUAGCUGAAGAUAUGGGCUCUUACUGGUGCCAAGGAGUUGUACCGGACAGUUCACUCACGUCAAGUGAUGUAUUUCAACUGUUUGACGAAGAUAAUUACUUUCCCAUUGCGUGCGACAAUAUAUUGCGUCGUUCUACUACCACUUGUGCUUCAAUCAUUCGGAUAUCUAGUGGUACGACCACUCAAGCCCCACCCCUCACCACUCUACCACAGACCACACCCCUUGAGACUACACCCCACCCUACACUCCCUGAGACUUCACCACACCCUACACCCUCACAAACUCUACUAUUCGUCACUAACCAAGAAACCACCUCAACCGUUGUAUCGACUGAUUUCACCACCCACACAUCCCCCGGCCCUGUGGGUGUCAGUGAGUCACAAUUUAUUCUCUAUGUUGUUCUGGGGCUUGUCGGAUUCCUUGGGAUUGUCUGUGUUGCACUGGGUAUGGUAAUUGCGCUCCUCUGUCGUAGACGAUGUCAGGACGUGAAUGCAAAUGGAUUGGACAAUAAGGACGUUGUUGCAUUCGACCACCUCUCAAACCAGACUGAUUUUGGUCUGGUAUCCAUUCCGAAGAUUUCCAGUCCCCCUAACACCCCGUAUCAACCGGAGUCGACCCAAUCAUCCCUCAAUGGAACGCAAAGGAGAGAUUUAUCUGGAGAUUAUGCCGAAAUAGGUCCAGCACUGAUAAUGAACAAUGAAAGACUUCAUCAUUUACACAGCAGCUAUCCUCAACCCAGUAAUCCGCCACCGUUGCCCCACCCCCAUCCCCGAUUCAUGGCCUUCCAUUCCAGUAUCGAAAGGGCAGUAGAUCCGUACAGAAUCUCAGAAUACGAGAAUCCGUACGACCUUCCAAUUCUACUACCAGAAAACACGAGGCCAGCAAACUUCGUAGCUAGGCGAUCACAAAACUAUGACAUUUUAGAGAGAGGUUUACCACCAGUUCGAGUGAGGGAACACUCCGGGGUGUUCUCUGAAACUAGUAGCUUCUCAACGCCACCUGACAGCCCACCCUAUCACACUUUAGAAAGUCCUGGAAUUCAUUCGGCUUUAACAGAGAUUUCUGGAACACUUGAUUUCCCUCAAGAGCAUCGAAUUUCACGUUUGGAAACUAUACCAGAACAUCCGUAUCACGUUCUGGAGAAGGAGAGUGUACAAUCUGCAUCGCAGUUAUCAGCUUCCGAAUCUACAGGAGAUUCUCCAGUUGUACCAUUUACCACAGACUCAAUCAAUGAUCUGGCAUACGACAGAUUAAUUGGACCACCGCACUUGUACCAAAUCCUCGAAAAUUCACCCUCGCUGAACAGACCACGAAUACAUCGUUUUCAAUUCUCAGACCACCCCAUUGAGUCUCGAAAUGAACAUGCUACUGCACAUCUAACACCCAGUCACUCUCCAGAUCUUUAUAUUCGAACGGAAUCCCUCUCCUCAGAUUCAAGCAUGAGCAGUGCCUCAGACGUUUUCGACGAUCCUCAGUACGUAUUAAGCCCCGAGCCCCCAGGGCAUUCAGCUGUAGGGGAUGUAGUGAAUAGCGGGUGCACUCACGGUAAGCCCCCUGCAUUUGUGCAAUCUUUACUGCUACAGAAAGACUCGGCAAAUCGUUCAAAAUAUUGUGGAGACUACGAAAGAGAUCCUAUGUAUAUGCAGAGGCUACACGCUAACUCAACAAGUCCAAAAUUGCUACUAGCAUCUCCAGAACGUGUGAAUUGCAUCGAUGGCAUCAGUAGUCAAGAUGAUUCUGGGUUUUGCACUUAUGGCAUCCAACAAGAAAUUGAACUAAAGAGACAAUCCUCACUCCCAAAUAUUCCUCACAUCUACCAGUCACUUCAAGCUACGACUAUGGACCCACAUCUACCGUACCAGAGGGUACUCAAGCAAGGCAGUCAAUCAAGUGAAACAAGCACUUAGCAACACUAUCGAACACUAUUGCAUAUUUUUUCAAGUUUCAUUUUCGAUCAUUGUUAUUCUGUCAUUACCGGCUGCUGUUAAUCGAUUGUUCAUAUUUAAUAA